AUGCUCUUCAAGAUACUCGUUAAACUUGUGUACCUAAAUCCUGACAUCGACAUCUCCAUGGCCUUCCAGAGCCUGCCGCAGGGAGCGGAUAACAACGCUGCCAAAGAGCUCAUUGCGCCAUUUGCCAACAAGCCGGAGGAGCACGAGGAGGAUAUGGAAGCGUCGGAGGUGGAAGGGGAGGAUGUGGUGGUGGGGCAGAUGCCAACGUUCAUGGUCCCAAAGCACAUCAAUAAGCGCGCCCUCAAGAACAAGGCCCUCUCCAUCUCCCUCGACAAUAAAGCCCUCAAGGAUUUCGUGACUGGGUUUCACAAGAGAAAGAAGAAGAGGAGAAAGGAGGCGCAGAGGAUUACGCAGGAGAAGGACAGACGGAAGCGAAUAGAGGCUCGCAAGAAGAGAAAGCAAGAGAAAGAGAUUGCUCUAUACGAUAAAGUCGUGUCAUCAAAAAAUGCGGAUGGUCAAGACGGUGAUGGUGAUGGUGAUGAGAUGGAUGCAGCUGCUCCUGAAAUCAACACAUAUGAAGAUGGCGGGACUAGAAUAACAGUAGUCACCAGUGAAAUUACUCAUGGAGAGGAGGAUGACCAGAAACCCGUGUCAAGGAGCUAUGCUAAGAAGAUUUGCGGUGUGGUUAGUGCCAAGAAGCAGCCCAGUUUAGGUGUGAAGAAGAAGCCGCCAUCAAAGAGGCAAUUCGGCAAAAGCAAGAAGACUAAGAAGGUUAACAUGAGUAGACGGAAGAACAAAGGAAAGCAUUGA